UGUGACUGUCCUGCGACAAUGAUUCAAAGGGCAGUGUUUUGCUUAACACAUCAACUUUCAUUUUAUUUCCUCAUUAAGUUAUAGCUAUGGCCUCCAACUUUGAGAGUUCAAUUCAUGGCGGAUCAGAUUUAUUCUUUGACUUUUCUUGCCUCAUCUGUCAGGAAAAUGACAGAAACACAGAGGCCGAAUUUUACUGUGAGGAGUGUUCCAAGUUAUUUUGUGGGACAUGUGUGAAGCUCCAUGACACACUUUUUAAGAAGCAUGCGACUUUGGACAAGGGAAACAUCAGCCAGUGGCCAGAUACCAAUGUGGAUGCACUGGAGCAAUGUCAGGAGCAUAAGAAACAACAACUGACAGGAUUCUGUGAGGACCACAAUCAGCUGAUAUGCCAUGCCUGCCAUAUCAACAAUCAUCAGAAAUGCAGUCAUGUGGUACUCAUAGCUGACAGAGUGAAAGAUCUUCACCAGAAAGGAGACUUUAAGAAGUUGUCAGCAACUCUGGAUACAUUAAAUGGAAAGUUGAUUCAGAAGAAAGAUGCCCUUCAGGAAAGUAUGAAGUCCCUUGAACAAUCCUACAAUACAAUUCUGGAAGAAAUCAAUGCUUUAUGCAAAAAAUCACUGUGAUGUUGGAUGAACUGGAGAAAAAAACUAUUAAGGAGUUGGACACACUUCUGGCAACCAUGAAGAAGUCAAUUCAAACAGACAUUGAUAACUGCACAGAGUCCAUCAAACAUAUGACAUGUGUACAAGAAGACUGGCUGAGAAGAAAAGACAAAAGUGAAGCAGUAAAUUUUAUCAUGUAUAGGAAAUGCCUUGACCAGUCCGUCAGAACUAAAACACUUUUACAAGCUAAGACAACACAGAAUAAGAGGACACUGACCUUUAAUCCUGAUACAACCAUCCAACAAACCCUGUCGACGCUCAUGGGAUUAGGACAAAUAGUCAACAAAGUGAAACAAACACAAACUGCUAAAAUCGUAACACAAUACACAGAAACCAGACAAGAAAAGCCUAACCCUUGCAACACAGUUCCCAUUCAACAUCGCCCAACAAGUGAUGCAACCAAACAAUCAGUGAUAUGUGAUCCCAACCAAGUCAUCAGGGUGGAAAGUACCGGUAGGAAAAUGUAUUCAGUCAAAGUAAAGACUGACAAAAAGAAAAGCGUUACAAUAUCUGGCAUCUGUGAGACAGCUAAUGGAGAACUCCUCAUCACAGACUAUUUUAACAACCGUGUAAAGCUCCUGAAUCAGACCUACAAGGUGGUGGCUCACUGUGACUUGCCUACUUCACCACUUUCCAUGUGCAGCAUUGACUCAAGUCUUGUGGCUGUUACUCUGGAUAACAGAGAGGUCCAUUUCAUCAGAGUGACCAAUGAUCAGCUGGUGAAGAACAAGGUACUGAAGCUCCAACAUGAGUGCUAUGGCAUUGCCCAUCACCAGAGUAACCUGUUCAUUACAGAUGGUAGUGCUCUGUAUCGCUAUACUGUGGAUGGUAGACUAGUCAGCAAGAUGUAUGAAACAGGUGGAUAUCCAGGAAAUAAUUCUCACUGUCAUUUUUCUUAUUUUCCAAACUUUUCAGACC